UAGAGGUAAUAAUAAAUAAUAAGAAUUGAUUUAGUACUCUCUUCCUUUUAUAAAUAAGCCACCAUCCUUUAGUCUACGCACACACACAUUAUGUUAUCAUCAAUGGCUAUUCCAUUAUUGUCUUCUACCAUUGUUUUUCCAUUUUCAACUAAGUCUCAGCUUCCUCUAAACCAAACCCUUUUCUCCAUUAAUGCUUCUUCUUCCAAUUCUCAUUGUUCUUGGAAAUGGAGAACUCAACUUCUUCUUCAUCAACCAUCUUUGCCGAUAUCUACAAGAAGUAGAAAAAAUGUAUUACCAGCCCUAUCCGAUGAUGAUUCAGAAGUAUCAACUCAGUCCAGUGAGACAGAGAAUGAGACUGAGUUGGCCAAAAAGUGGAGAGAGAUCCAUGGAAGUGGUGAUUGGGCCGACUUGCUUGACCCGAUGAACCCUAUUCUUCGAUCAGAGUUAAUCAGGUAUGGGGAAAUGGCUCAAGCAUGUUACGAUUCAUUUGUGUAUGAUCCAUAUUCAAAGUAUUGUGGUACCUCAAGAUACCCAUUGGAAAGCUUCUUCCAAAGCCUAGGAAUGGAAAACGAAGGCUACCAAGUGACUCGCUUCCUUUACGCCACCGGCAAUAUCCAAAUGCCUAAUGUAUUCAUCAAACCUCGUUUCCCCGAGCUUUGGAGUAAGCAUGCCAAUUGGAUAGGGUAUGUAGCCGUUUCCGACGAUGAGACGUCGAAGCGUUUAGGGAGACGUGAUAUUGUUGUUGCAUGGAGAGGGACAGUGACAAAGUUGGAGUGGGUGGAAGAUUUGACAGAUUAUUUAACUCCUAUUUCGGCGAAAAAUAUUAGAUGCCAUGAUCCAAGAGUGAUGGUGGAAUCUGGGUUUUUGGAUUUGUAUACUGACAAGGAAGAUGGGUGCGAAUUUUGUAAAUUCUCUGCUAGAGAACAAAUAUUGGCAGAGAUGAAACGAUUGUUGGAGAAGUUUGAUGGGGAAGAAAUGAGCAUCACAAUCACUGGUCAUAGUCUUGGUAGCGCUUUGGCAAUGAUAAGUGCUUAUGAUAUUGCAGAAAUGGGGUUGAACAAGACAUCAGAUGGUGGCAAUGCACAUGUUUCCGUUUUCUCCUUUGCAGGUCCUCGAGUGGGAAACGUUCAAUUUAGGGAAAGAUUGAAUAAUCUAGGCGUAAAGGUAUUAAGAGUGGUGAAUAUUCAUGAUGUAGUACCAAAAUCACCUGGGUUUUUCUUCAAUGAGAACCUACCAUCAUGGGUAUUGAAGAUGAUCGAACGACUUCCAUUUACUUAUGUACAUGUUGGUGUUCUGCUUCAAUUGGAUCACUUGGAUUCACCAUAUCUAAGACGUUCUACCAGUCCUGGUUGUUCACAUAAUUUGGAGGCUUAUUUACAUCUACUCGAUGGAUAUCAAGGAAAGGGUAUGAAAUUUGAGCGUGCAGUUGGGAGAGAUCCAGCGUUGGUGAACAAAUCAUGUGAUUUCUUAGAAGAUAAAUAUGUGGUUCCACCAAUGUGGAGACAAGAUCAGAAUAAGGGCAUGAUUUAUGUUGAUGGUCGUUGGGUGUUUGCUGAUAGAUCAGAUAUUGAUGGCCACCCUAAAGAUACACACCAUCAUCUUAAGAAAAUAGGAUUGUUUUCCAAUAAAGAUUAAAAUAUGUAUGUUGAUAAAAUAAUUCAAUCUUUCGAUUUAAAGAAAUGUUGAUAUAUAUAGUAACAAGAUUAAGUUGAAAAGGAAUAAAGAUGUAAAUCAAGAAACUUUUAAUACUUAAGAAAGCUUAAGGUUUGAACGUA